AUGAUAAACAGAUCUCCAACAAUGAAAACUUAUAAUAAAUAAAAUCAAAGCUAAGAUCCACUGCUCAUUAUGACUCCUCCCAGUAGCUUGCGUGAAAUUAGUUGUUCAUUUAGAGGGAAUCUAAAUCGAUAUGUAACAAUAUAAAGUAGGAGAAAUAAAUAAGAGCAAUAAGAAGAUUAAUAACACUCAAGAUAAUACAGAAUGCAUUUGCAAAGAAUGUAUCAGGAGACUUUUAUUAAACAAUUGCUCGAUAAAACUAAGCCAACAAGCAAAAUGAACAAUUAUUAAAAGUAAGUUCUUGAUGACCUGUAAUUUGGAUAGGAUACAUAAAUAGAUGAUAUAGAUAGUAGUUGUUAUAAAUUUAUGUUCAACUAUUUCAACAAUUAUCCUAUUAUAUAACCGUAAAGCAAUUUAAAAAUUUGUUCAGAUAUUAUUUUCAUUAUAAACACAUUGAUAAUCUUAAUAUGGUUGCCAUUAAAAUAUUCAUUCGAACUCGAUUAGAUUCUAUAAAUAUUAAACUACAAUAAUUACGAAAUAAUUGAAUACCUACUCAUAGUGAUGUUGGCAUUCGAAAUAAUCCUCUAAUUCAAUUAGGCCUAUAUAUUUAAGGGCAAAGUAAUUAAUUAGCGCUACCAUAUAAUAUACAACUAUUUGAAAUAAGACAUGAUUAAGGACCUCAUCUGUUUGGUGUCCUUGAUAGUUCUUUUAUUGUAAACCUUCGAGGCUGGGGAAUUGAAUUUAGUCCUCUUGUGUGCUUUUGGGCUUCUUCAAGGAUCAAAAUUGUUGAAGGUUGUGAACAACACGCUGGAAUAUUAUAACAUUCAGUAGAACAAUUUGAUUCCAUUGGUCAUAAAUGUGAUUGGGGUAAUUUAUUUGAUUCAUCUUGUGUCAUGCAUAUAGUACACUCUAAUAAAGGAAGUGAACAAUGCAAAUUCCUUAGAGAAUGUAAUUUAGCAGUAUGUUCAAUGUUUUAAUUGGGCAUCAGUCUAUUUGACAAGUGCAGGAUUUUCGAAUAUAGAGUCGAAUAAUAAUGAGCAACUGAUAUUCUCAUCAGUGAUAUCGAUAGUUUCUAUAUUGAUUGAUGGAUUUAUAUCUAUAAAAAUAGGUUUGUUUUUGUAUAAUCAUUCUCAAAGGAUCAAGCAUAAUUAAUACAUCAAUAUGAUGACUAAUUUCAUGAAUUUAAAUAGCAUAAAUUUGAAUCUCCAACACAGAAUUCGUAGUUAUUUGUAAUACAUUUAUAAAUAAGAACAGUAGAUGAAUGAUGAAGAUAUUACUCAGAUAAUGGUGAAGUUGUCACACUAGCUGAGAAGUGAGUUGAAACACUAAUUAUAAGCCAACAUUUUGGAGCAAUGCAAAAUGAUAUCCUAAAAUUUCUCUUUGAAGUUGAGGAAACAGUUAGUGUAUUAUAUGGAGGAAUUGAAGACAGUGCCUGAACAACGAAUCUUAACUUUGAAUGAAUAAGAUGAUAGUUCAAUAUAUUUUAUCAAUAAGGGUGAAGUCAAUGUGAUAUUCGAAUAAACAAACAAUAUGAAUGAGAAAUAUCCCCGUAAUCAUAUAAAGACUUUGCAAAAAGGAGAGUACUUUGGAUUCUUGGGGUUUAUAACUGGGAGUGUAAGGACAGCCACAAUAAUAAGUAAAGGAUUCUGUUAAUUGUACAAAAUCUAACGAAAUCAUUUUGUAAAUUUGCUUGAACAAUUUCCGGAUGACAAAGAGAAGUUCUAUAUGAUAAAAGAUAAAGUUUAAUUUCAACAGGACCUGUCUAUGAUUGAUGCGAGAUGCUAUAGUUGCAAAUCCACCAGUCAUUUGGUGAAUCAAUGUCCAUUCCUACAUUUUGAACCUGAUAAGGAUAGAGUGGUCAAAUAGCAAUUGUAUCCAAUCUAGUAGGAAAGAGAGGAGAUAUAACGGAAAUCCAAGUACAUUAACGCCUUGUUACAGCAAGCAGUAAUUCAAGAUUUGGCUAAAGAAUUGAUGAAAGAUUUGGAGCACGUUGAAGAAAGUGAAAACAUAUCAGAAAGUUAAUCUUAAGACAUUCAGACAAGAACCAUAAAAAGUACUUCGAAUGUCCAAACCAGAAGUCUCAGCAAAUCUUUUAGCCAAUAUAGCAAUCAGUUGAGUAAGUUUAGUCAUAGACCUUCUUAAACAUUGACAGUCGCAUAAAGUCAAAACUACCAGUCCUUGAUGUCCCAAGAGGAAAUAGGGAAGUUCGAGUAAGAACUGAUAAAGAAGAUGCCAUUGCAUAGAAGGUCUCAGUAAAAGGAAACAGCAGGUUUCGGUGCCAGAUUUGAAUCGUAGAUGCAUAAUCCAAUCUAAGACCAUGAUGAGGAUAUACCGAACAUUGACAUGAUGGAUGAUGAAGUUUAAGUGUUCCAAUAGGAGAGUCAUAAGCCUUCUCAAUAAUUGUAUUAUUCAGACAAGAGUCCAAGAAUUCAUAGAAGAAUCUAAUAGAAGGUUAAAUUUGAUCAAAAUUUACUUGGGAUAAAGAACAGGAGAUCAAGCUUAAUCUACGAGAAUUAUAUUUAACAAUUGUAUGAGGAAGAACACUAUCAAAUAGAAUUCCCCAUCCUAACUUAGCCCUCUGUGGGAGACUUUGAUAAGAUCUGUGAGUUCAGAGAGUAUUAUCCAGAAUAUAACAUCUCCAGAGUUAUGAGGUUUCUGCAUAGAGUGACCUAGACGUAUCGUAGACAACCGACAAAUUCCUUAUAUUCAUUUUUAUUCAUUGCCAUCCAGAAGGGACAUGCCAUGAAGGACAAAUUGCAUCAUUUCCACAGCAGAAGCAAUAUCAAACCAAGCAAUAAUAGAAGGAUAUAUAAGAAGGGCAAAAUCAAAACGGUUAUAUUUUGA